AUGCGCAGUGCGGAGCCGAGCCAUGGCGGACGGCAGCAGUACUGUGCAUGCCCGUGCGCUCCUGCAGCAGUGCCUGCACGCGCAUCUACAAGUGCGCCCGGCCGACGGGGACGCCGCGGCGCAGUGGGUGGAGAUCCAGAGAGGCCUGGUGAUCUAUGUGUGCUUCUUCAAGGGGGCGGAAAAAGAGCUUCUUCCCAAGAUGGUUAAUACGCUGUUAAAUGUGAAAUUAAGUGAAACAGAAAACGGCAAGCAUGUCUCUAUCCUGGAUCUGCCCGGCGACGUUCUCAUCAUCCCUCAAGCCACCCUCGGGGGCAGGGUGAAAGGAAAAAACAUGCAGUAUCACGCUAACUCCGGGAAGGAGGAAGGCCUGGAACUAUAUUCCCAGUUCGUGAGUCUGUGUGAGAAAGCCUUGGCCGCCAACAGCAAGUGUGCCGAAGCGGGGGUUGCAGUGGCGCACGGCACUUACGGGAACAGACAAGUGUUAAAGCUGGACACCAAUGGACCAUACACGCACCUAAUUGAGUUUUGAAAGAUUCUUUCCACAACUGCUUCCUGGUAUAAUAGGACCAGACUGUUUUGUCCCCUUCGUCUUGAAGGCACAGAUCUGCAACAUGUUUAGGCAAGAAAAUCCUGGAUCCAAGGUGGACAUAGCAGCCCAUUCCUUUAAUCCCAUCCCAACGCUCAGGAGGCAGAAGCAGGCAGAUUUCUGUCACUUGGAGGCCAUCCUGGUCUACCUAGCCAGUCAAGGACAGCCUGUCUCAAAAAAAUAAAGAAACUGGGAAAAUAAAUGAGUCAUUUGUAAAAGGCAGCACUGGUUUUUGCAAACCCCUCCACCUUGACUUUAAAAUACGUUUUUAAGAUUGGAAACUGUGGCAUAGCGAUGACUCGAUAGUGAAGAGGCUGCCACUCUCCUAGAGGCCCUGGACUCCACACCCAGCAUGAGGGGUCCUGGUCUGCACCUGCAGCUCUGGGGGAUCGGAGGGCUCUCAGGUGCACAAGCAUACACAUAAACAAAAAUAAAGAUAAAUAUCAAAAGCUUUAAGAUUUUUAUUUUUAAAUUGAAAAUUAAAUAUUUCUAAUGACCAGACUUAGAUAUCUGAGGAAGCCGCUGGACUCUUCCUGGUGUCUUAGACGUCCCUUGGCCUAUUCUGACAUUUUAAAUUCCUCUUGCACACAUGCCCGAAAUCCCUUUUUAUAGCUUUCCUGUACUGUUCUAUUUUGAAACUUGAGAAUCAGUAACUUGAGCUCAUUAUCCUUAACUUCUGCUUUAUUGAUUCACCACAAUGCAGUUGUUGAAAUGUGAUAAACUAUUCAUAAGCUUAGAAGCCCCAAUUUUUUCUUAAACCUCCUCAAGGACAUGCGCAUGUCUUUCAAAAAGAUUACAUUACUUACUUUAAAUCAUUUUGGUUUUAUGCCUGUGUAAAAUGCUGACUCACAGCCCUAAAUGGAGCUCAAGAAUUCGCCUUACAAAAACUGCCUGAGGUACUUGUGGAGAAAGGUAGUUCAAGUCCAUGGAAGGUUGUUAAUUAGAAAUGGUGGCAGAUGGGGUAAGCAGAAAAAUUAUAGGAAAUUACUUCACUUUUGCUUUUUGUAGCUUUUUUUGUCCAAGGGGCUCAAAAACCCAUAAGUAUACACAUUUUAUUUUCAUAUCUAUAAUGAAGAUAGCACUGUAGAAAGAAAGAUGUCAUUAUAGAAAGAAAGAGGUCAUCCACUAUGAAAGUCAUCUCCUUCCUCUGACUUUUAUACUAAGACUUGUUGCCAGUUAAUUGGUUUAGUUACUAAAUUAGACACAAACAAAUUGCCCCUAACAUAUGUGUUAUCCCUCAGUUUUUCUAAGAUUAUAGAAUGUUUCAAACAAUAUACUUCCUAAAUAUUUUCAUAGA